AGCUGGGCCGCCGGAAGCUGGCAGAGGCCCCGGAAGGGGCCGGGCCGGGCCUGGCUUCAGCGGUGGUCUGGUAGGGGUUGCCGCCAUGAGCUGUCUGCGGGAGGAGGAUGACCCGUACCUGGUGGAGGAGCCCAGCGACGAGGAGCGAGCGCUCAGCAGCUCAGAGGAUGAGGUGGAUGUGCUCUUACACGGCACUCCUGACCAGAAGCGGAAGCUGAUACGGGAGUGCCUCACUGGGGAGAGCGAGUCCUCCAGUGACGAUGAGUUCCAAAAGGAGAUGGAAGCGGAACUGAACACCACCAUGAGGACUAUGGAAGGCAAAUGGCAAUUGCCAGAAAUGGGUACAUCCUCCAGUUCUGGGCAGGCUAGACCUGCUGCCACUUCAAAAUACUAUGAUGACAUUUACUUCGAUUCUGAUUCAGAGGAUGAAGAUAAAACAGUUACACAGGACAUCCGGAAAACCAGAAAACAUCAGCAACGUCAGAUUCUUUCCAAUGAUGAACUGCUGUACGACCCAGAGGAAGACAGUAGAGACCAAGAGUGGGUAGACUCACAGAGGAGGGGGUACCGUAAUCAAAGGGUGCCGCAGCAGCAGCAGAAACCUACAGCUGUUCCAAACAGUGAUGCUGUUUUGAAUUGCCCUGCUUGCAUGACAACCUUAUGCCUGGACUGCCAGAGACAUGAAUCUUACAAAACACAAUACAGAGCCAUGUUUGUGAUGAACUGCGUUGUUAAUAAAGAGGAAAUUCUGAAAUACAGGAAGAAGUCAAAGAAAAGAAAUAAGAAAAUGAAGCACAACAAAGAAACUACCUCUCUACAGUCAAAUCAAGAAGAGGAGGAAGUGUAUCAUCCAGUACUGUGUACUCAAUGCUCAACUGAAGUGGCAGUAAUGGAUAAAGAUGAAGUUUUUCACUUCUUCAAUGUUCUAGCCAGCCACUGCUAAUGUGCAAAAGCAGCAGGGAAAAAAACCCUGCACCUGCUAUAAGACUGUUAGAAAUGCAGGCGUAUUAGCCUUUUUUAAGUACGAUCUCCUAAGUGUACAUUUCAUUGGAGAACUUCUAAACUUUGUGCAAAGUUAAUGAAGGGAAUACAGUUCACCGCAUGCAUUUGAAAGCAGUAUUCUUCCACUCUGUCAGGCGGUUGCAUCAUUGGGGAUUCAAAAUUUUGUAAAUACAAUGUAAGUUUUGUAUGUUAUGAUCAUUCUCUGUAUAUAUACACUAUUCAUUAACUCAGCAUGUGUUAUAACUGCUGCUUAGAAUAAAUACUGUAUAGUAA